AGAAAAUAGUAGAAGCAUCAACGCAAACGCAGGUCCAAGUCGAUAAACCUCGAAAUACACGUAAGUGCAAUAGAUACUUAGAUAUUCCAAUCUUCCUCGAUUUAAUCUCUUUUUUCCUCCCUUGCUACCAACCAUCGGCUAGGUACCUAUACGAAGAAGAUGGACCUCGAAACGACUGAACUCAAGGAGGAUGCCUGCUACGUCGCACUUACCCACGACUAUCUCAAUGUGAACAGUGUGAUGGAUAGGGUUCGUAGCCCUCAAGCAGGUGCAAUAGUCAUGUUUGCGGGUACUACUCGUGAUAAUUUUGGUGGGAAGCCAGUGAAGGAGCUCCAAUACUCUGCUUACAACCUACUGGCCUUGCGCACCAUGCUAUCCAUAUGCAAAGAAAUCCAUACCGAGUAUGGCCUCGUGGCAAUAGCCAUGGUUCAUCGUCUCGGAACCGUGCCUAUCGGGGAGGAGAGUAUACUCAUAGCAGUAUCUGCCCCGCAUAGACAGGCUGCGUGGCGAGCUGGUGAACGAGCCCUUGAAGACUGCAAAGAACGUGUUGAAGUCUGGAAGAGGGAAGAGUUUGAAGGCGAAGACGGCGUUUGGAGAGCCAAUAGGGAUGGCGCAAAAGGAACAUUUACAUCUUGAUUCGCUAUCCUACGUUUACCUACACCAACAUCGAACCUAUGUAGCAACCUGAGGUUUGUGGAACCUAUCUACAGGGAUGCCCUAGGAUGGUGUCUUAUCUUGUUUGCUGGGAACUUGGUAUGGAAACGCAUUCAAUUCGAUUUACACCGUAUAAUAUACAACCCAAAGCCACAUAUACAUAGUAUGUAUGUGCGGCAUACCGGAUAUUAUAUAUUGGGUUAGGCACCUAAGGCCCCUCCUGCAAGCCCUAUAUUGAAUAUUUCCCUAGAACGAUGCUCUGAAAAUAUCGUACCAUUGUUACUAACUGAACACAUCGAGAUUGCCGGUUCUAAAUGGGACGAAAAUAGCAAUUGGUUGUCCCGUUCAUUAACCGGUUAAAUGGCUGUUGUUGAGCCAAGGAGUAGCAAAGGGGGCCUCGAUUCUUGUAUGUAAUCGAGAUGGUGUGUUCAGGAGACACUAGAAUGUUAUUUUCGUAUCUGCUACCUUAUGCAGAUUUUUUCUGCUUUUUCUCGUAAUCUACAUAGACAGCAAGAAGAAAAAACCUAUUACCUGACUACAUACAACCUGCGUUGUAUCACGAGAUUACAUGUACCUAGACACGCGUUGGGUCUGUUGCGGUUUAGAUUAAUGCAGGC